AAAAUGGCCACACCACCAAUCCAAGCUCGUAUACCAAUUGCUGAAGAAGCCUACAUUCCACCGGUCGUAGAAGCUCCGACAAUAGGUGCAAUGACCCCUCAACAUCUACCACCAUUUAACAGAGAAAAUUUAAAAUUAUGGUUUCUUCAAGUGGAAGCAGAACAAGUUCCACCUUCAUUAUACGACGUUCUGAUAGUUAAUUCAGAUGCUGAUUUAACAACGUUAGCAUUACUUGCGGACCGAGUAAUGGAAUUUCGGCCAAAUUUUAUCGCAAGUAUGAGUAAGUCUCCUUGGAAAACCGGAACGGAUAAGGACGAUUCAUCAAUUCAAUAACAACUAGCAGAAAUAACUCGAAGAAUGGCAAAUAUGGAAUCCAAUAUGUCCAAAAGAAGACCUUUUCAAAGACGUUUUCGAUCCAAAUCCCGGGGUCGAAGAUCUUUAUCAAGAAAUCGCGCACCUUCAAUUGAGAGAAG